AUGGACAAUGACCGCCGGCCACGGCAUACUCCCUCAGGUUACGCAAGCCAGCAAGGCACGCUGCUUCCACCACAUGCAUCCUAUCCAGUGGUAAGCGCACCCGAUCGCUUCAGGCAGCCGCCCUUGACAGCGUCCGCCCCACCUACCUCUGUCCCCUCGUCGGCCUCGCGCGCCGGCUCUCAGGGCUACGGGUAUGCUUACGGCGAGGGUGCACAGUUUGGCUCCUCGAUCCAGCCGUCGGGUGUGGCCUACGGCGCCCAGGACUAUGGUUCCGAGCAGCAGCAACAACAGCAGCAGCAGGCCCAGCGUGCAGCACCCCAGCAGUACUCGCCCUAUGGCCAGAAUAUCAUGUACAGCGUGCCCGGCGCGCAGGGCUCGGCGACGGCCUCAUCGCACACCGGCUUUGGCGUCGCACAACCUCAAUACUACGAGAGCGGGCCCACGAGCGCGCCUGCCUCUGCUAUUGCGUCGCAGAACGUCCCUUCCCAGUACCCCUCAUUAGGAUAUACUGCUCCUCAAGCCCAGGUCGGACGGGAAGCGCUCGCGCCUGCCUACACUGCUGCCGGAAUGACUGAUCCCCAUCAGGCGCCUGCCCAAGGAGGCUAUGCCCAGAGCACCUACACGGAGCCCCAGCCCAACAGCGGCAACGAGUACGACGAUUUCUACCGGACGUACCAGAGCGAGCUCAAGAAGACGUUUGAGCAUGUACGUGACAGCCGCCUCAGCGAGGCCGGCACACUGCUCUUCCGCAUGUCCGACUGGCUUCUGCACUUUGCAGAGACACUGGCAGGCCUAGUCCGCGACGACGAGACGUAUUACCAGCAGCGCCUGCAGCUGUGGGAUGAGUUCAACACCUGCUGGCUCUCCACGCUACAGAAGCAAAAGGCAAUGACGCAAGAAAUGAUCAACACAGGCCAACGCCCACCCCCACCCAAGUCGCUGAUCGACUACGAUUUUCUGGAGAAGAUGGGCACCCAGCUAGUCAAGAACUGCGACAGCAUGGAGAAGCACGGCCUAGUCGAUUACCAGAUGGGUGUAUGGGAGGAAGAAAUAGUAGCAAUGUUGACCUCUUGCAUGGACCUUCUCGAGGAAGUCGGCGCAGGACCAACUGCACAGCGACCCACGACCUCAGCACGACGACGAUGAUUUUAUCAAGCUCGGGCACCGACAAUAUCCCCGGUGGCUUGCUAUAUUGCCGCUUCCGAAGUCCAUUGACAUGGCGCAUUGACCGCAAUAGUAAGAUUCGUCUUGUAUUGCGUUCGCCCACCGCAAGCCCCUCGAGCCUUCGAGCGCGGUCCGUCCCUGCAUUACAAACGACGCUGUUUGCUUCUUUUUGUACAUAUAUCGGUCACGGAGCAGCUCAUCGCGUUCAUCUCAUUAUCGUUUCUAGCCAGGCUGGGCGCCAGCCAUCUACCGGGGAAGGUAUUCCGCAUUUGGGCUCUCUACGUUCAACAUUUCGCGUUUUUAUCUUGGCGUUUUCUCUUUCCGUCACGUCAUGGCAUUUCUUUUGUAGCCAGCUUUGGCUUUCUAUAUUCCAUUCAUGCGCGCAUUGGGAAAAGCGGGAAACUACGGUACGAACGCAAUGGACGGUCACGGUUCAUGUGGACGACUUGGGUUCUCAGCAGCUGGGACAUGUUUUCUUUUGUUCUAGAGGCUUAAUGCUGGUAUGGACAAGCCCGGCGCGGGCGCUGAGCGGAUAAGAUGGGUUAUACGACAAUGCAUGCGUUCAUGAAGUGGAUGGAGCCAUU